UUCUUCUCUCUGCUACAACUCUUGAUUCUCUCUCUAAAACAGAAGCUGAAUCAAUGUCGAAAUGAAGAACUUGUAGAUUAUGCAGCAAUGUUCGUCGGCAUCUUCUUGCUGUUCUUAUUCACUUUCUUACUGCAUCCACAUCCAUCUCAUUCAAAAACAGACCCAUAUGCUCUGCGGAUAAGCUGUGGGGCUCUUAAUGAUGUUCAUACAAUGCCAACAAAUACGCUUUGGUACAAAGAUACUGCAUAUACAGGAGGAAUACCAGCUAAUGGAACUCGUCCAAGUUUUAUUACACCUCCAUUACAGACAGUUCGUUAUUUUCCACUUUCUGAGGGUCCUGAAAACUGCUAUAGUAUUACUAAUGUGCCGAGUGGACACUAUACAGUGAGAAUAUUUCUUGGAUUGGUUGCUGAUCCGAACUUCGACAAUGAACCUCUGUUCGAUGUUUCGAUUGAGGGAACUCAGAUUUACUCGUUGAAAUCGGGUUGGAGCACACAUGAUGACGAACAAGCAUUUGUUGAAGGGCUCAUAUUUCUUACUGAUGGUUCUGCUUCUCUUUGCUUUCAUAGCACUGGUCAUGGUGAUCCUGCCAUACUUGCAAUUGAAAUUCUUCAGAUUGAUGUGAUGGCAUACUAUUUUGGAUCUAGCUGGGGUCAAGGAACAAUUCUAAGAACAGACAAAAGACUGAGUUGUGGAGCACAGAAUCCAAAAUUUGAUGUUGAUUAUAGUGGGGACAACUGGGGAGGUGAUAGAUUCUGGGAUUCGAUUACAACAUUUGGUCAAGGUUCUGAUCUUGCUAUUUCCACCUCGAGUAUUAUCAAGCAGGCGUCAAGUUUCCCAAACUUUUAUCCCAUGGCCAUAUAUCAAACAGCACUUGUUAGUACUGAUAGUCAGCCAGACUUAGCUUAUACUGUUGAUGUAGACCCCAAUAGGAAAUAUUCCAUUUGGUUGCAUUUUGCAGAAAUUGAUUCUUCAAUCACAGGUGUGGGGCAACGAGUAUUUGACAUUCUUAUUAAUGGUGAUGUGGCUUUUCAAGAUAUUGAUAUUGUGAAUAUGACUGGAAAUCUUAAUAGCGCUCUUGUGCUAAACAAGACUAUUGCUGUUAAUGGGAGAAGUUUGACUAUAACUUUGCAUCCUAGCAAAGGCCAUGCUAUAAUCAACGCUAUUGAGAUAUUUGAGAUUGUUUUGGCUGAAUCCAAAACUCUUACAGAUGAAGUUAAGGCUCUGCAGAUAUUGAAGAGUGCAUUGAACCUUCCUCUUCGUUUUGGCUGGAAUGGUGAUCCUUGUGUUCCUCAACAGCAUCCUUGGAGUGGUGCUGAUUGUCAAUAUGACAGGGAUAGCAAUAAAUGGGUCAUUGAUGGACUUGGUCUUGACAAUCAAGGUUUAGGUGGCAUCCUGCCAGAUGAUAUAUCUCAACUUAAGCAUCUACAGAGCAUAAACUUGAGUGGAAACAGCAUCCAGGGGCCUAUUCCAUCUUCAAUUGGAACAAUAUCAACCUUACAGAUCUUGGAUUUAUCAUUCAACCUUUUCAAUGGAUCAAUUCCCGAGAGUCUUGGCCAGUUAACAGAAUUAACAAGACUGAAUCUGAAUGGUAAUUUUCUCUCUGGAAGAGUUCCAGCAGCACUAGGAGGAAUGCUUUUACACAGAGCAAGUUUCAAUUUUACUGAUAAUGCUGGACUUUGCGGUAUUCCUGGGCUAGCAUCGUGUGGGUCCCACCUAUCGAUGGGUGCAAAAUUUGGUUUAGCAUUGGGAGCAUGUUUUAUGUUACUUUUUGUUCUCACGUGCUUAACUUGCUGGUGGAAGAGGCGGCAGAAUAUUCUAAGAGCACAGAGAAUUGCAGCAAGAGAUGCACCUUAUGCUAAAGCGAGGACACAUUUCAAGAGGGACGUGCAAAUGGCUACUCGCCAUAAUAAUCAUCAUUCACACGAGCACACAAAGACAGCUAAUGAGAACGGGCCAAGCUUGCUCUCUUGAUCGCUUCAUACCAGCUACUAUUUUGAUGCUUACAAAGAAAACAGGUUCCAUUUUUUCUUGUGUUGGAUUAGUUGCUACGAGUUCUUUGUUUCUACCAAUAGAAAUAUAUGUGCUUGUCGACACCAUGUAAAGCAAAUCACAGAAUUACAAACAAAUAAAAAAUGAAAAAAAGUUCCUAAAGAAACCAUUCACAUUGUAGUCAGGUCAGAUAUAGAUAUCCACAUUACUUUUGAUAUUAAUUAGUUUCCAGAUCAAAGCUGGGACAUCUAGAGAUUGUUUGAUCAUUGAUAUAGUUUUUUUUUUAAAUGACUAAAUAUAUUUGUAUUUAAUAUUUAAAAUGUUACCAACAAUUUGAGUUCUAAGUAGACUUCAUCCAUUUCGAGAAUCUUUGAUUUGAGGUUGUUUGUGGA